AUGGUGGCCACGGUGCCCAGCCAGGGACAAGUCAUCUUUGGAAAAUCCAAUGGCCCUGAAUUUCUGCAGGAAGUGUACACAGCUGUUACAUACCAUAACAAGUCUCCUGACUUCUAUGAAGAAGUGAAAAUUAAGCUCCCUGCUAAGCUUACAGUAAAUCACCACCUCCUGUUCACCUUCUAUCAUAUCAGCUGUCAGCAGAAGCAAGGAAACUCAGUAGAAAGUCUCCUGGGAUAUUCAUGGCUGCCUAUUCUCUUAAAUGAACGUCUUCAAACUGGAUCCUACUGUCUCCCAGUUGCCUUGGAAAAGCUGCCACCCAACUACUCUAUGCAUUCUGCAGAGAAAGUCCCUUCACAGAAUCCUCCCAUUAAAUGGGCUGAAGGACAUAAGGGAGUAUUCAAUAUUGAAGUGCAAGCUGUUUCUUCUGUUCACACCCAGGACAACCAUCUGGAGAAGUUCUUCACCCUCUGCCACUCCCUGGAGAGCCAGGUGACCUUCCCCAUCCGUGUGCUGGACCAGAAGAUCAGUGAGUCGGCGCUGGAACACGAGCUGAAGCUCAGCAUCAUCUGCCUGAACUCCUCCCGCCUGGAGCCCCUUGUGCUGUUCCUGCAUCUGGUGCUGGACAAGCUAUUCCAGCUGUUUGUGCAGCCCAUGGUCAUCGCUGGUCAGCCAGCCAACUUCUCUCAGUUUGCCUUCGAGUCCGUGGUGGUCACCGCCAACAGUCUGCACAACAGCAAGGGCCUGGGCAAGGACCAGCAUGGAAGAAACUGCCUGCUGGCCUCUUACGUGCACUAUGUCUUCCGCCUGCCGGAGCCGCAGAGAGACAUGCCCAAGUCAGGUACCGCCACCCCCACCGCACUGCUGCAGGAUUCAAAAUAAAACUAGAAGCCCGGAAGUUACAUUUUAUUUUUCAGAGUGAGAGAAACUUACAUGAAUGUUGAAAUUGCAAGUUUGUUUCUAGAUUUUUCUGUCUUGCUUUCUAUCAGCCUUCCUCCUCUUUUUUUGUACUCUGAGCACUUAUUUUUUUUCUGCUUGUUUGAUAAUCCGUCACUGAUCUUUACCCAGUUGGUAAUUUCUAACCCAGCUGAGAAUCUUUUUGUAAGAGCUAGGGAAGUAACAACAGAUGCAUAAGAUUCUAGGAGAUUAAUGAUAAGGAAAAAAUAUGUCUUUGAUAG